GUCAUCAUCAGUCAGCUUGCAAAACUAUACGGAUUGGAAUUGCGUGUUAUUAUUGCUAUUAACUGCGCUCAUAAUUAAGAAGUAUCUAUUAUAGAUUUUAAAGCCUAACUAUCUGCAAACAUGUCCUACGCGUAUUUGUUCAAAUAUAUUAUCAUUGGCGACACUGGCGUUGGUAAAUCAUGUCUGCUGCUGCAGUUCACGGACAAGCGCUUCCAGCCGGUGCAUGAUCUGACAAUUGGCGUGGAGUUCGGCGCACGCAUGAUCACCAUCGAUGGAAAACAAAUUAAAUUGCAAAUCUGGGAUACAGCCGGCCAAGAGGCAUUCAGAUCUAUCACACGAUCGUAUUAUCGUGGAGCGGCAGGCGCUCUGCUUGUCUAUGACAUCACAAGGCGAGAGACCUUUAACCACUUGACCACAUGGCUGGAGGAUGCGCGUCAGCACUCAAACUCCAACAUGGUCAUCAUGCUGAUUGGCAACAAAAGCGAUCUCGACUCGAGGCGUGAAGUGAAAAAGGAGGAGGGCGAGGCAUUCGCACGCGAACAUGGCCUUGUCUUUAUGGAGACAUCAGCACGCACGGCGGCCAAUGUGGAGGAGGCCUUCAUAAAUACAGCCAAAGAGAUUUACGAGAAGAUACAGGAGGGUGUAUUCGACAUAAACAAUGAGGCAAAUGGCAUUAAAAUCGGGCAACAGGCAACGCCCACAAAUCCGGCGCUACCCGGCGCCGGCGGUGCGGGUGGUGCGGUCAAUAGCGGCUGCUGCUAGGAGUAAUAUGUUUUUUGCCGUUGCCUGCACUUGGGAUAUCCGUAGCCGAUAGCUGAUAGCUGCUUCUGUAAAAGCUACUAGUGACUAACUUUUAGAAGGUAGUGGAUACAGACCGACCUAUUGUUUUCAUUUUUUUUAUUCAAGUAAAGGAAUAACCGUAAAAAUAAACCUAGCUGCAAAGUAAUAGUUAAUCCGCAAAACUAGUGAAACGAUAUCGACACUAAGCAUAAUGUUAAAAAAAAAAAAAAACAAAAACGAACAGAAAACUAAAAUAAUCGCUGAAAAUGAAAUAGUAAAA